AUGGGUUGUGCAUAAGUAGUCAAUCGAACAAGUGAGAUUUAUGAACCAAUAAUUGAAAGAAAAUCCUCAUAAAGAGCAACCUCAAAAUAAAAUACUAGUUGUCAAGACUCUCCCAUCAUAUUUCCAUUAAAUUUACCUAAUGGAUUUGGAAGGUAUAAAAAGAAUCAACGAAAUGCACUUAGUAAGAUAAAGCUGAGGAAUGCUAUGAGGAUAGAAAUGCAAUUAGACUGUAGUAAAAACACUAUUUUAAAAAGAAGAGCAAUAUCGCCAUUAAUCUGA